AUGCUGACAUCAGGCAUGAGAAUGAAUGCUAGUAAGCAGGUGAAAAAAUCUGCAAAAGCGAGUUCCAGAAAGGGGUGUAUGAGAGGCAAAGGAGGCCCUGAGAAUGCCAGUUGCACCUUCAAAGGUGUGAGGCAGAGAACUUGGGGCAAAUGGGUGGCUGAGAUCCGUGAGCCUAACCGUGGUGCACGCCUCUGGCUUGGCACAUAUGAGACCUCUGUAGAGGCUGCCAUGGCUUAUGAUUGUGCAGCACGUCAGCUCUACGGAUCUGAUGCAAAACUCAACCUCCCAGACCUUGCUAUGGCCUUGGCCUUUAAUUUCCAGUUUCCACCACCAAGCCCUCAGAUCCCUCACAUGCAACCAUCACCACAGCUUCAACACUCUCAGAUUCCCUCUCCCUAUGACAUUUUCAAUCUCCCCUCCUUUGAUUUCAUCAACAACCUCACCGAUGACACCAACAUCAUGUUCAACCCUGUGCUCUCCAUGCCUCCUCAACAUGCAAUUGCUGAUUCUGCGCCAGUGUACGCCAGCGACUCUCAUGUCGCAGUUCCCUAUGAAAACACCACCAUCCCCAUGGCGAUUCACCCCUCCAACCCCUUGGAGAUCAACGAGGACACGGUUGAUCCCUUUGGGGGGUCUUUCAAUGACAUUCCUGACCCUAUGUUUGAUGAUUCCAUCUGGGCUGAAGCUGCAAGGUCUCUUGAUUUCCCUCUGAUACCAGAUGCUGCAGGAAUUAAUGAAGCUGAAACCUUUCUUGAAGUGGGUCCUUGGGACUCUCUGCAAACUCCCUGA